AUGCCUGGUGGUGGUGUCGUCCCAAUUGCUGGCACGGCUGAUGUGAGCCGUGUCGAAGCCCCCGUUACCGUUCGCGCCUACCUGAUCAUUGCUUUCGCAGCAUUCGGUGGUAUCUUCUUCGGUUAUGAUACUGGUUGGAUGGGUGGUGUCCUCAACAUGGACUACUUCAUCAAGCAGUACACUGGCUUGGAGUACCCCGACGUCAAGUUCCCUGGCCUCGAUCCCAAGGACCCCCAGAUCACCAACUACCGCAAUACCGAGUUCUCCGUCUCCUCUUCGAACCAGUCUCUUGUCACUUCUAUCCUGUCUGCUGGUACCUUCUUUGGUGCCAUCAUGGCCGGUGACCUUGCUGACUUCAUUGGCCGUCGAUUCACCAUCAUUCUCGGCUGCGGUAUCUUCUGCGUUGGUGGUAUCCUUGAGACUGCCUCCACUGGUCUCGGUGUGAUGGUUGCAGGCCGUCUUGUUGCUGGUUUCGGUGUCGGUUUCAUCUCGGCCAUUGUCAUUCUGUACAUGUCCGAGAUUGCUCCUAAGAAGGUCCGUGGUGCCGUCGUUGCCGGUUAUCAGUUCUGCAUUACCAUUGGUAUCCUCAUCGCCAACUGCGUUGUGUACGGCACUCAGAACCGCCGCGACACUGGCUCUUACCGUAUCCCCAUCGCCGUCCAGUUCCUCUGGGCCAUCAUCCUUGCCAUUGGUCUUGCGCUUCUGCCCGAGUCUCCUCGUUACUGGGUCAAGAAGGGCAAGCUCGACAAGGCUGCUCACGCUCUUGGCCGUGUCCGUGGCCAGCCCCUUGACUCUGAGUACAUUCAGGAUGAGCUUGCUGAGAUCAUUGCCAACCACGAGUAUGAGAUGUCCAUUCUCCCCGAGACGAGCUACCUCGGCUCAUGGAUGGCCUGCUUCUCUGGCAAGAUCACCAGCCCCUCAUCCAACGCUCGCCGCACAUUCGUCGGAAUCGUAAUUCAGAUGAUGCAGCAGCUUACUGGUAUCAACUUCAUCUUCUACUUCGGACCCGUCUUCUUCCAGCAGCUCGGCACGAUCGACAACCCCUUCUUGAUCUCCAUGGUCACCACCCUCGUCAACGUGCUCUCCACCCCAGCCUCGUUCAUCAUGGUUGAGAAGCUCGGACGUCGUUCCAUCUUGAUCUACGGUGCCGCUGGUAUGGUUAUCAUGCAGUUCAUCGUUGGUGCCAUUGGUGCCACCGCUGGCAAGGCUCAUGGAGACACUCCCGCUAACCCUAACGCUGUCCGCGCUAUGAUUGCUUUCAUCUGCUUGAACAUCUCCGUUUUCGCCACCACCUGGGGUCCCUCUGCCUGGAUCGUCAUUGGCGAGAUAUUCCCUCUGACCAUCCGUUCGCGUGGUGUUGGUCUCUCCACCGCAUCCAACUGGUUCUGGAACUGCAUCAUCGGUGUCAUUACCCCCUACCUCGUCGCCGAGCGCCCUGACUCCGCCAAGCUCGGAUCCAACGUCUUCUUCAUGUGGGGCGGUCUUUGCUGCAUCUCCUUCCUCUUCGCAUACUUCUUCGUUCCUGAGACCAAGGGUCUUACCCUCGAGCAGGUCGACAAGAUGUUGGAGGAGACCACACCCCGUACUUCGCGCAAGUGGAAGCCCCACAGCACCUUUGCCGCGGACAUGCACCUCAACGAGAAGAACAUCGAGAUUCCGCUCGAGAACAUUGCCGCUAAGCACGAGGCCACCGUCUAAGUUCUUCGCUUUAGCGAUGACUUGAUGGUAGGAAUACGUGAAAUGCGCAAUGUGUAUGUGCAAUGAUGGGGGCGGUUGUGAUACAUGAGUAAUUUGCAAGCUGCAACGCUGCGUUGAUUGUGGUUGAGCAGGCUUGAAUAGUAGUCAAUAUACCCACGGAGCCAAUUAUUACUGGUAUCCCUUCUCUA